AGUAAGUGCCAGGCUUUAUUUCCCUUGCUUCCCAGGCUGAGCAGCAAGAAGAUGCAGCUCCUGUGCAAUUGAGUGCUAUUCAUUCAAUCUGCGGAUUUCACGACGUUGCACCUGCCUGGCUCUCAUCACUUUCCCUCUUUCCUUGACCGUUUUUAUUUCCCCUCGUGGCAGUUUAAACACCCCCACCCCCACCCUGACUUUGUCAGAGCAACACAGUUGGUUGUACUUGGAUAAUUAUCAUCUGCUUAGAAAUAUAUGAAUGUUUUGAGAGAGGGAGAGAAAUGUUGGAGCUGGAGCAGCAGCAGUGAUGUGUGUGCGGGAGGAUCGGAGCCCACUGAGGGCCCCAAGCUUCUGAUCUUAACUCUUUCACUCCUGAGCAAUCACCCUACUGAGCAACUGGUCUCUGGCUAAUUACCCACCAAAGCAACAGAACGUCAUGAGAGGCUGAUCCAGGGCAUCAAAAUAAGUGUCACCAACGUAACAAGACCAGAUGGAGCAGGACGUGGAGAGCCCCGUCACGAUACAGCAGCCGAUCAAGUUGCCCAAACAGGCUCGCGAGGACCCGGUCAGGUCGAAAUGCUCCAAACGGAAGAUCCAGAGGUACGUCCGCAAAGACGGAAAGUGCAACGUCCACCAAGGCAACGUCCGAGAGACCUACCGCUACCUCAGCGACAUUUUUACCACGUUGGUGGAUCUCAAGUGGAGGUUGAACCUGUUGAUAUUCAUCAUGGUUUACACGGUGACUUGGCUCUUCUUCGGGUUCAUAUGGUGGCUCAUCGCUUACAUUCGGGGAGACCUGGAGCAUAUAGGAGAUAAAAAGUGGAACCCCUGUGUGGAUAAUCUCAAUGGGUUUGUUUCUGCUUUUUUAUUCUCCAUCGAGACUGAGACCACCAUCGGGUACGGGUACAGGGUCAUCACGGACAAGUGUCCCGAAGGGAUUAUACUUUUACUGGUCCAGUCUGUUGUAGGGUCGAUUGUGAACGCUUUCAUGGUGGGCUGCAUGUUUGUGAAAAUAUCCCAGCCGAAGAAGAGGGCGGAGACACUCGUCUUCUCCACCAACGCCGUCAUCUCCAUCCGGGACGGGAGACUGUGCAUGAUGUUCCGAGUCGGAGACCUAAGGAACUCGCACAUCGUGGAGGCAUCUAUACGCGCCAAGCUCAUCAAAUCCAAGCAAACCAAGGAAGGGGAGUUUAUACCGUUAAAUCAGACGGAUAUCAAUGUGGGCUACGAUACCGGAGACGACCGUCUGUUUCUCGUGUCGCCGCUGAUUAUAAGCCAUGAAAUCAAUCAGCACAGUCCCUUCUGGGAGAUUUCCAAAGCUCAGCUGCCGAAAGAGGAUUUCGAGAUCGUGGUCAUUCUGGAAGGGAUGGUCGAAGCUACAGGUAUGACUUGCCAAGCUCGGAGCUCCUACGUCACCUCGGAAAUCCUCUGGGGCCACAGAUUCACCCCAGUUCUCACUCUGGAGGAUGGCUUUUAUGAAGUGGACUACAACAGUUUCCACGACACCUACGAGACCAACACGCCGUCCUGCAGCGCCAAAGACUUUGCGGAACUUGUCAGCAGGACGGAGAUGCCCUUGAGCUGGUCCGUGUCCAGCAAACUGAACCAGCACGAGGAAAUUAUAAAUGAAGAAAGCGGAAAGACUCAUGAAACCCAGACAGAAAGAAAUGGGGAUGUAGCUAAUGUAGAGAGUGAGUCUAAGUUCUAACAUGGCGGUACACUGAGAUGCUACGGAGCUGACCAAUGUGUGGUAUAAAUGGCCGCUCAGUGGAGACCGGGUUAGUUAGAGGCAGAGGAUUGGAGUCUAUUCCAAUCUGCAAUGCCACCAACAUAUAAGGAAAGGCAACUGCCCUACAAGGCAGACUGAUGUAUGCAUGAAUUCUCCAUUUUGGCUUGUAGACGACACAGUUCA